AUUGUGCGAGCACGCGCUAUUCAUGGUUGGCGAAAUUGGUGGCAACGACUACAACUACGCGAUAUUUCAAGGGAAGUCGAUGGACGAGAUGAGGCAAAUGGUUCCUCAAGUGGUCGAUGCGAUUCUUAACGGUGUUAGGGUUUAUCGCGCACACAUCAAUCUGCUUCUCCCUCUCGCGAUCCUUUCUCCCGUCACCAUAGUCAUCGCCAUCAUCGACCCUCAUCAUCACCUCAGAUCACCAUCAUCCUCGCAAGUCAAUCGCCGGCCAUCAGAAUCUGCCAUCGCCAAUCAUCUUCCUCGCGAACUGCAGCCCCGCCGCCGCUCCCUCUCCGUGCAGGCCAUCAACCGGCAACUACCCCCGGGUGCCGCUGCACGUCGUCUUCCUUCGGCAAUUUCCCGUUCGUGUGAUCAGUUCCAGGUCGCCGCUGACUCUCGCCAUCAUCACCUUAGUCUGCCACGAACAGGAGCGAAAUUCCGGCAACCUUCAAGCCAUGUCCCGGCGAGUUGUGAACCAGUCUGGCGAGACCCGGCACUUCCCGACAAAUUCCUCAGUCGCACACCCUCCUCGCGAGCAACGUUGUCCCGACGAGCGUUCAUCCCGGUGCUGUUAAACGGUUCCGUGAUCGCGAGUGUAUUGUCCCGGGCCCUUAUUGUUCAGGCUGCUGCGGCACCUUCAUUCCGACGAGACGCGAGAAUCCGUCGAGCCCGACAACCCCGUUCGUGUCCUACGUCCCGUUCCUUCGAGUUUUUUUCCGAGAACGGUACCUAG